AAAAGGGGGCGCAAAGAGAUUGAAGUAUUUUAUUUCAACAUUUGUCCAGGCUGGACUUUGUUCGUCUCUCACUCCAUCGACACUCACGGGAAAGGGACAUCUCAAAGAAGGCGGACUCGAAGGUCUCCGUUGGAUAAAAAAAAAAAGGAAUAAUGUUGCCUCAGAAGCAAGCCGAAGAAGCCAUCGUCACGAACUACAGCGAAACUACGGAGCCUGAUGGGAAGGAGGAAGAGUCAGAAGUUCAGUCCAAGUUCAACCUGAAGGGCUUUCUCUGGCAUGGUGGCUCUGUUUACGAUGCCUGGUUCAGCUGCGCUUCAAAUCAAGUAGCCCAGGUUUUGCUAACGCUACCAUACUCAUUCUCUCAGCUGGGCAUACUUUCUGGUGUCAUAUUUCAACUGUUCUAUGGCAUCAUGGGUAGCUGGACAGCUUACCUUAUAAGUGUUCUAUACAUCGAGUACCGGAGCCGGAAGGAGAAGGAAAACGUGAGCUUUAAGAACCAUGUCAUUCAGUGGUUCGAAGUACUGGAUGGACUGUUGGGUCCAUACUGGAAAGCUGUCGGACUGGCAUUUAACUGUACCUUUCUCCUCUUUGGGUCUGUUAUACAGCUCAUAGCUUGCGCAAGUAAUAUAUAUUACAUAAACGACCAUUUGGACAAGAGGACAUGGACGUACAUCUUCGGAGCUUGCUGUGCAACGACGGUGUUCAUACCCUCCUUCCAUAACUACCGGAUUUGGUCUUUUCUAGGACUCGGAAUGACCACCUACACUGCCUGGUACUUGACCAUCGCUUCCCUCGUCCACGGCCAGGUUGACGGAGUAAAACACACGGCUCCGACGAAGUUGGUUCUGUAUUUCACCGGCGCUACCAAUAUCCUCUACACUUUCGGUGGACACGCUGUCACUGUGGAAAUAAUGCACGCGAUGUGGAAGCCGCAGAAAUUCAAGUACAUUUACUUGCUGGCUACUCUGUACGUUUUCACCCUAACGAUUCCGUCGGCGGUUUCCGUAUACUGGGCCUUCGGCGACCAGCUCCUCGACCACUCAAACGCCUUCUCUCUCCUUCCCAAGAAUGGCUUCCGUGAUGCCGCCGUUAUCUUGAUGCUCAUUCACCAGUUCAUAACCUUUGGGUUCGCUUGUACACCGUUGUAUUUCGUAUGGGAGAAGGUGAUAGGAAUGCACGACACCAAGAGCAUAUGCUUGAGAGCUCUGGCCAGGCUGCCUGUGGUGAUUCCCAUAUGGUUUCUGGCUAUCAUCUUUCCCUUUUUCGGGCCCAUCAACUCUGCCGUCGGUGCUCUCUUGGUUAGCUUCACCGUCUACAUCAUCCCUUCUCUCGCUCAUAUGCUAACUUACAGGAAGGCCUCUGCUCGACAGAAUGCGGCAGAGAAGCCUCCUUUCUUCCUACCAAGUUGGACGGCCAUGUAUGUGGUUAAUGCGUUUAUUGUUGUUUGGGUCUUUGUGGUCGGUUUUGGGUUCGGUGGUUGGGCCAGCAUGACCAAUUUUGUCAGGCAAGUCAACACAUUCGGUCUCUUUGCUAAGUGUUAUCAGUGCAAACCACCAGCUCCCAAACAUAACUGAUAAACCAAGUCUUGGCUUGGGGGAGAACCGGAUA